CUAAAAUCGUGUAUUCUCCCUCUUGUCUAAAUGUGUAGGUGUACAUAUGGUAUUCAAAAUGGAGGAUUACUGAAUGUUAGGUGGUGUUAAAUGAGAAAUCCGCACCGUGUGCGACCAGUCUCCUGUCUUCUAAUGUUGAAUUAGAAACUAGAAACAUGUAUUAUGACAUAUAUGCGUAUUUCUUUCAAUUUAAAAAGAUGAUAUCGGUUAGGUUGUUGUUAAUGUUGCAAUCCAAUUUAUGAUUGUUAAAUAGUUUUUUUUUAAGUGUAUAGUGUUUCCAAGCUUGAAUGUGUAGGCUAUCCUCCAAAUCUCUAUGUCAUAAAUAUAUUAAUUAGUGAUUGAUUUUUAAAGGCAAAAGUAAAUCCAAAUGGCGAUGAGUUUCUUCAAUUUGGAGCCAAUGGAAAGUUGCCAAGGUUAUGUGGCCAAAGAUAAUCAAUAAUUACCAAAUUAGGUGUUUUCUUUUCACAUGUACUUGCAUUCAUGGAUGCUGCAAAUGGAGCAGCAGUGAUGACUUUUUCAUCACAUUGGGUUUUAGGGAAUAAAAUAAAUCUUCCCUUGGAUUGUCCUGGAAUCUGUGAUGAUCACUUACAUACUUUAUUACUCUCAAAUUUAGAGGCAACAUGAAAACAAAUUAUGCUACCUGCCAUGUUCAAACUCUUUAGAUGUGUGAUUAGGUUACAUAUACUUUUUUAUCAUUAAAAAUAUGUAUGUAUUUUUGAAACCAGGCACAGGUGUAAAACUGUGUUGAAUAGAGGAGGUGCCAGAGUGAAAUUGUGAAUUGGAGAUAUGGCAAGAAAAUCUGAAACCCAGCGCAGUUUCAAUAUAGCUGUUGUUGGAUUAUCUGGUACAGAAAAAGAGAAAGGAAGCACAGGAGUUGGAAAAUCUUGUCUAUGCAAUAGAUUUAUCCGUUCUUUAGCAGAUGAUUACUAUACUGAUCAUAUAUCAGUUUUAAGUCAGACAGAUUUUAGUGGCAGGGUUGUUAAUAAUGACCAUUUUCUGUAUUGGGGAGAAGUAUCAAAACUUUCUGAAGAAGGAAUUGAUUUUAACUUUCAUGUUAUUGAACAGACUGAAUUCAUUGAUGAUUCUUCAUUCCAACCAUUUAAAAGUGGUAAAACAGAUCCUUAUUACAAGAGAUGUUCUGCAACAAAAUUAACGUCAGCUGAAAAGCUUAUGUAUAUCUGUAAAAAUCAAUUAGGUAUUGAAAAAGAAUAUGAGCAAAAGUUAUUACCUGAUGGAAAAAUUAAUGUUGACGGUUUUGUAUGUGUAUUUGAUGUUAGUGAAGUGCAAGGAAGAAGUAUAGAAAAACAAGUGGAAUUCACUGCUUUAAUAUUAAAUAAUCUGAUGAAAACAAAGAAGCCUAUAGUUCUUGCUACAACAAAAAAUGAUGAAGCGAAAGAAAUGUAUGUAAAAGAAGCAGAACGUUUAGUGAGUAGGAAGGAAUUCAAAAAUAAUAUUCCUAUUGUGGAAACAUCGUCUCAUGAGAAUGUUAAUGUCGAUUUAACUUUUAUAAUCACUGCACAAAUGAUUGAUCGAACUAAAGGGAAAGCAAAACUAGUUCCUUUCUUUGAUUCUGCUAGAUCGAGGAAAGAAGUGCUAGAUUUUUGUACUGAAUCAUACCAAUCUUUAAUACGUGCACAAGUCACUGACUACAGAGCACUAUGGAGCUCAGUAAGCAAAAAGUUUGCACAAAACCAAGACUUUAUUCAUUAUUGUGAAUUAUUCGGCCAUGAUGCAGCCCAAAAAAUGUUUAGGAGACAUGUAAAAAAAUUAAAAGAAGAAUAUAUUGGUAGGAAAAUGCAAAUGUACAUUAGAAUAUUGCCUGAAGUCUUUGGGGAAUUGUUGCCUGAUCUUGCUAGUAUUGGAGAUGGGGGUUGGGAAAAUGUUAGAAUCAAAUUGCAACAACAUCCUGAUUUCAGCCAAUAUUUUUUGGAAAGUCCAGAUGAAAUGCCUUGGCAAGAAAGUGACCUGGUUGAUAGCAAUGAAACUCGUAUUCCUCUAGAUAUUCUAGACACAGCUGAAGCUGAAGCUUGUUUUGAAGAACAUAAAGCUGCCUUAGAAGCUGAGGAAAGAAGAAAAGAAAUGCGCCAACAAUUUAAGGAAUUGCUUGAAGAGACUGGUUAUGUCACACCUGGUAAACCAUUAUCAGAAGUUCAAGUUCUAUUUAUGGGUCGUGAAUGUUACGAAGCGCUAUCCGAACCAGAUUUACUUGAAAUUUAUGAUGAACAUCAACGAGAAAUUACUGAAAAAGCUAAGCAAAAUUUUCAAGAACUUUUGUUAGAAAAUGCCGAAAUAUUUUAUCAUUUCACUAGUAUUGGACCUGGUAGUGUAAUUACUCAAGAAGAUAUAAAUAAAAUCACUGAAAAAUUGCAAGAAGAUCUAAGGUAUAAAACCUUGGAUCGUUUAGAUCAAGAUCGAAUGCUGAUGUUGCUUCGGCAUUUAGGAUUUGUUCAUGGACCCAUUAGAGAACAUUGUCCAGCCUCACUUAAGUGUAUGGACUCAUUGGUUGAAAAAGUUAUUGCUCAAAAAGCGCAUAGACCACCAUCCUGGCAAAGGAAUAGCCAUUGGCUGUUAGAAAAUAAUCAGCUAAAUCUGGUACUUUUGGGCUCAGGUGGCUUAGCUGAUGAGCUCGCAAACAUCAUUAAGACACAGUGUACAGAUGAUAUGUUCGAAGUUGAUAAAAUUCAGUAUACACUUGACUUCAGAAUCAUUGAUGGUGAUGUUGGCUUACCACAGAAUUCAUUUAGAACAUCUGACUUCCUUCCACAUGGUUGUUUUUGUGUUUAUUCUAAUCAUACUACUUUGGAAUAUAUCAGAGAUAGUUUAGAAAAGACCUUGCUAUCUAAUUUAGAACAAGAAGACAGAUUGCCCUUUCAUGGUCUUCCUAUUGUUAUUUUAUUUGCUGCUGAUGAUAGUAUUAAUGAAAAAGAUCUAAUUUUUUUAAGAGAAGAAGGACAGAAUAGAGCUAAAAGCCUUCAGUGUCCUUUUUUGGAUGUAAGUUGUGCUGAUGAUUCUCCUGAACAACGUUUUGAUGUUACAAGUCUAGUUCAAGCCUUACAGUCAUUGAUUGAAAGUAUCCAAAGAAGAGCUGGCCUACUUCAGAUAUACCAUACUUUACCUGAGCAAUCCAUAACUUCUGACAUUAGGAUCAUUAUGUGUAUGCUCUGUGGAGAUCCCUAUUCAGUUGAACAUGUUUUAGGUCCAUUGUUAAGUCAUCAGUGCUGUUUUGUAACUACACCCCAUACUGUAACCUUAGAAACCUAUCUUGGUGAGUCCAAAAGAAGUGUAGAAGUCCGUGUCACAUCUUACCAUGGUGCCAAUUCCUAUCGAGAUGAGCUUGUCCAUGGCUUUAUCUUAGUAUUUUCAACUAAACGAAAAGCAUCCUUAGCUACACUUAGUGCAUUUUCGAUGAAUAUCCCAAACAUUCCGAUUCAAAUUUUAGCUGUAACUGAAACAGGAAGUGCAAAUGCCUUCUUUUCUAGUGAUCUUUCUCAUCAAUUAAUAACUGAAGGGAAUGCUGUAGCUGAUAAGUUGCAAGCUCAUUUCAUGACUUCCAGCUCCACAAGCCAACAGAAAACUGCAUUUUAUACGCCUUUUUUUAAAGAAGUUUGGGAAAGAAAGCCUCAGAUUGAAAAAGCAUUUAGUUUAGAAGAUUCUGAUUACUCUAUUGGUAGCCGUACUCCUGUACCGCCACCUGUGCCUUCCAGGCAAGAAUCCUAUCAUUUACGCAGUGGAUCUUUGGAGGAUGGUGGAGAUUCAGAAGGUCUGUAUGAACAGUUGCCAGUAGAAGCUGUCCAUGGACCAGAUGAUGGUUCAGUGUCACCAACUGGUUUUAUUGAUGGCCCGCCUUUGAGUCCUAGUGAUGACAGUGACCUUUAUGCCAGUGUUUUUAAUCAAGAAAAUGGAGAACACUUAGUAAAACCUAGCCAAAUUAAAAACAGGAGAAGUUUACAUGCAGACAUAUAUCAUCAGUCUUUCCCAAGUACAGAAUCUUUGGAUCGUUCUGUUUCAAUGAAAUCUCGGGACAACAAUGGUCCUCCUCCACCUUUACCCCCAUCUCGUCAUGAUAGAGAUCCUAAUUCAGGCAUUGAUCUUGCUUAUCCACCUCCAACUCUUGGUACAUUUACUGGCAAUGCAUCUCCUCCUCCUUCAUACCAUAGCCAGGUCCAUUAUUCUCCUCGCCUUCCUCCACACCCAAUGCCUUUACCAUCAUCUUUGUAUGCUACUGGUCGGCGAAGGCCCCCUGCUCCUGAACGUGCUUUACCCUUUCCUCCAUAUGAAUUGAAAAAAUCUAACAGUUUGAAAUCAUGUGGCAUGGGUAUGCCUUCAACACCAUCUGCUCCUAGUCUAAGCCAUCCAAAUUCUGGUCAAGGCCCAAGAAUUCCUGAUGAUUUGGAUGCCUCUGACAGCAUAACAGAUGAUGAUGAUACAAUAUCUUCUGGGCUUAGUGGGUAUGGGGCCUAUCCGCCGCCGCCUGAACCAGCACCUCCAGACUUACCCUCUUCACGAAUGAAGAAGGGAUCUUUAACAACUGGUCACCAUACUUCUCGUACAAGCUUGGAUGAGGCUGAGGAGAGGGGAUCUCAGGAUUCCAUUAAUCGAGAAACAGGGUGGGUAGACAAUCGGCUGUUUGGUCAUGACAUGAGGAAUCGAGAAGAUUGGCCUGAUAAUGAAAUGUAUCAUACUUAUCAUGCUGAUCGCCAAAAAGUACCUCCACCAACUAAACCAAAACCUGGCAAGCCAAAACCUAAGAAAAUAGAUCUUAAACAAUAUGGACAUUUAACUGAUGCUAUCGGAAGAAUAAAUUUAACCUCCCAUAAAUCAGGAGCUACCUUGCCUAAAGUUGGCCUAAUGCAUGCUCCCUUGGCCACCCCUGAAAGCAUGGAUCUAGGCAAUGAAUAUGCUCAAGUAAAGGAUGCUGUGCACUUGUUUUCUACUGACCGCAAUGAAUAUGAAUAUGCAGUUGUACACAAUGCCUUACCUGACAGUAAACCUCAUAGAAUCAGGUCUUUAACUAGAAGACAUGGGAAUCGUGAUACUUUUGAUCGAGGUAAGUCCCUAUGCUCUGAUUCUGAAAGUGAAUGGAGUUCAUUGGAACGCAGGCAAAGGGAGGUUUACUCUAAAGCAAAUCGCAAACCUACCCCUCACAAGAAAACCCGUAAAAAGCGUGGCAUACCUGUUGCUCCUCCUCGGAUCCCUUCAUUCGAAGGGCCACCACCUCCACUCCCACCAUUUCCUGGGGGUCAGAGGAUUGUAACUGCUCAAUCUCUUGAUCCACUUGACAAAGUUCGUGGAAGUGGAAACAAUUCACCUUCUGAAGACAGUGAUCUAUCUGAAGAAGAUGAUCCUAGAUAUAAAUCCUCUCAUCGCCAGAAAUACAAACACAAGCGUUCCUUUCGCUUGCGGCGCAGGAAAUUACAAGCUCAACAGCAGCCACAACAAACGGAAAAGUCCCAACCUCCUCCUAUAGGAGAUUCUCUUCAGUUUUGUGCUCUUACUUCUGAUAGUGAUCUCUUCUCUCCUUCAUCAAAAUUGAAAAUUGAGCAGUCAAUUCCUUCUGUUCCUCCACAAGAAGAUGACUCCAGUUAUGAGAUAGCAUCCCCUAGAGAUGGUUCCACUAAUGCUCGAGGGAAAUCAGAAAACGAUAAAGCAGGAAAAAAGAAAGAAGAAAGGAAGAAAAAUAGAGAAGAUGAAAAACAGGAGAAACGUAGAAUAAAGGAAGAAGAACGACAAAAACGUUUGACUGAAAAAAAGAAAAAGAAAGGUGCUCAGGGUAAGAGUGGAACUAUAAACCAACAAGUUCAAGGUAUUGAAGAUUUUAUGCAGUCUGAAGACAAUCCUACGCCCUUAUUUGUUGAAAAGUGCAUUAAGUUCAUUGAAGAAGAAGGUUUAGAUUCUGAAGGAAUUUAUCGAGUUCCUGGAAACAGAGCACAUGUAGAUCUUUUAUUUCAGAAGUUUGAUGAAGAUCCUUCUGUUUCCAUAAGAGAACUUGAUAUUCCUGUGAAUGCAGUUGCCACUGCCCUGAAAGAUUUUUUCUCCAAACGGCUGCCUCCUUUAAUUCCACCAUGCUUAAUGAAUGAAUUGACUGAAAUAUCUGGUGCUUCAUACUCUUCUUCUGGAAUUCAGGAUAAAAGUUGUCGACUUUUUACUUUAAGGGACCUUCUAAAAAAACUCCCAUCCUGUAAUUUUGAAGUUUUAAAAUUUGUUUUUCAACACUUUGUGAAAGUUGCUGAUAAUUGCAGAUUAAAUAGCAUGGACAGUAAAAAUUUAGCAAUUUGCUGGUGGCCAACUCUCCUUCCUUUAGAAUUCAGUGAUAUGAUGAUGUUUGAAAGGAUGAGACCUCAUUUGGAAGAUUCUGUACAAACUAUGAUUGAUCAAUUUCGUUUUCUCUUUUGUGGUGAAGAAGAAGUUGUUAUGGUUUGAUAGUUAAUUAAAGAUUUUAUUCUUUGUGACAAGUUUUAGUCACUUCAGUGCUUAUCGAAGAUCUGUCGAUGAAGAGAGUGCUGUUGUGAUGGGAAAUUACUCUUUUCUACAGAGAAGGCUGUAGGGUUUCUAGUGCAAAACCUGCCAAGUAAAUUCUCAUUGGCUAAUAUUGCUAUAGAGCAAAUAAACCAGCAAGUAUUGUAUGCCUAUUUAUUUGUUCACAAAGCCCAUAGUCCUUUCACCUCAAUGAAAAAGCCAUAUCAGUGGUUUAAUCAUUUCAUGUGCUUUAAUAAAAACAAUACAAAAGCUCACCAAAUAUUAUUUAAUCAUUGCCUUAUAAGGCUGUUUACUCAUGUAUGUAGAUUGACUCAGUAUAUAGUAUCUCUAGUGUCACAAAAAAUGUGUGUGACAUUUUGAACUUUCAAAAUGAAAAUUUUAUGUUUUGUCAUGUGUCUUCAAAUCACAAUAUUUUAUUUACAUUUAAUAAAUACAGUGCCAUUGGACAUUUUUACAAUGAACUCUGUUUAAGAAAGUAAGCCUGUGUCUUUUCCUAUAAUGUUAUAUAUUGCUUGCAAUCCCAUGAUCUGUUUAUAAACAUCAUUGUUGGAUUAGCUCAUUAUUAAAACAUGAUCUUUAUUUCAUAUGGUGUGCAAGCACAGUCAGUAUGAGUUCCUUAAGGCAGUCAAAGCACCGUUUGUUUGAAUAUAGUCAUAAUGCUCUCUAGACUGAUCUGUAUGUAAUGCAAGGUUGCAUCAUAAUGUGUAUGUGGUGUGCAUUUUAUGUAAAUUUAGUUCUGUUUUGUAAAUUUUUUGUACAAAGAUUAAAAAAAUAAAUAAGUCCUGCACUAUCCUUUUUACAGCUUCCUACUUUUUUCCAUAUAUGUGAAAAUGUCCUUAAAACACAUGGUUUGCAAAUUUGGGUAUCUACUUGUACAGAAUGGCUGCUCUUGGUGAUGUGUACAGAUGUGUGAAAAACAUUUCGAUAGCCAAUGGUUCCUUGUAAUAAGCACAAGUCUUCAUUUAUGUUUUGAAAAAAAAAAUCUUUGCUAUUAAAUAUACAUUUUAUAACAACAACAUAUCGAAAUGUAAUUAAUCUGAGAUUGCAGUGAAAAGAUAUCACUCAAAACAUUGUUUUACACUAGUCAGUAUAUUUCAAACUUUUUGAAUCUCAUGUUCUUAAUUUUAUGUCACAAUAUUUGUGUCAAUCUAUUGACCUAUAAAAAUUGACCUAGUGAUCCGUACUUGUAUUAUACUGUCCACUUGUGUUUUGCUAAUAUUUAUUUAAGAUUGUUUAUUUUCUAUAUCAGAUUUUGAAUUAAUAAUUGUAUUUUAUGACUUACCUAAUUGUAGACUAUAUGACUGAUCAUAUUCAAUGUAAAAUUAUGUAAUUUCUGAAUUCUUAGUUAAGUUUUAUAUUUUUAAUGUACUUUAAGUUUGCCUGUUCUAUUUGUGAUAAUACUUAAUUUUAAGUGCAGCAUUAAUAUUAAUGCAGAGUUAAAUUUCUGUCAGAAAAUACUCAGAUAGGCAUUCUUAUUUGGAUUUCUUUCUUAUAUCAUUUGCAGAAAAAUCGAUAAAUAUGUAUAUACAUAUAUAUAUAUGUUUUAUAGCAGAUCUGUAUUCAUUUGAUAUGAACACUGUGUUCACUAGAUUUACACAAUUCUGACUCCAAAUUUUACUCUUAAGUGUCUUUUUUUUUUCCCCAAUAAAUACUGAGUGAGAAAAAAAAUGUAAAGUUUAAGGGAGUAAGUGCAUUUUUUAAUUUUUUUUUUUUUAGAUACUUAGACAACAAAUUAGAUUUCAUUAUUCGAAAUCUAACGCUGAUUUAAAUAUUUAUUUUAUGACUUGUUAUUUUGUAUAUUUUUGUUGUAUGAGUUACAUAGAAGAAGUAUUUAAAAUGUUAACGUAGCAUUUGAAAGUUUUUAAUAAGGAAGGUCCAAUCAUAUAAGAAUUUCCGUUUUUAUUUUUUGGACGUGAUAAAGCUUUUUAUAUUUUUUUAAGUGACUGUAUAAUAAUAAAGUAUUGAAGAAUAUUUGUUUUUAAAUCUAAAAGUUUGUCAUAAUACUGAAUUAAAGAGGUUUUGCAUUGAAGAUCAAAUCUAGUCAUCAUAUUAUAAAAAUGAUCAUAGAAAUUUGUGUUAUGUGUUAUAAUUUGCAUACUAGAAAUAGCACCAAAUAUCUGAGAAUAAAUUUUUUACUUUACUUGCUAUAUAUAGUUCUUUAUUUUCCUGAAAUAUUUACGCUUAUUCUUUUUAUUAUAUCCAUUUUUACGACUUAAAUUUCCUUUACAAUUGCUAAAUUGAAGGAACUAUAAGUAAGUAUAGUGAGUUCUGAUUCUUGGUGACAAUCUUCCGCAUGCCAAUUGCCAUCAUUCCAAGUUGUUGCUCUAUACUGUGAAAGACAUUGGCAUUGAAGUGUGGCUAAUAUUUUAUUUCCUAUUUUUUGAGACAGUUUUUGACUCAAGAUUUUGUAAAGAAUGCUUAAUUGUGUUUUUAAGGUGUAAAAUAAUAUGUAAUAUUUAAAAUUGCUUAUAAAACUAUUUGUUUUUACUA